GGCGGGCACCGCCUUCGGCGCCGGGCGAGGAGCGUUGACUGCGUGGGGAAGGCUGGCUCCGGUCGCGGCCGCGGCGAGUUACAUCGUUUUCCAAUCUGCCCGCGUCCGCCGCCGCCCGGGACAGAGCCACGAUGUUCGGGAUGCUGAGCAGCAGCUUUGAGGAUGAUCCCUUCUUCUCUGAUUCUUUUCUUGCACACCGAGAAAGUAUGCGACAGAUGAUGAGAAGUUUUUCUGAACCUUUUGGAAGAGACUUGCUCAGCAUCUCUGAUGGUAGAGGAAGAGCUCAUAAUCGUAUCAGACAUGAUGAUGGCGAAAAUUCCUUGACUCGUACAGAUGUCAACCCUUUUCAGGCAAUGGACCGAAUGAUGUUAAAUAUGCGAAACAGUAUGCAGGAAUUACAAAGAAACUUUGGUCACCUUUCAGUGGAUCCAAAUGGACAUUCAUUUAGUUCUUCCUCAGUUAUGACUUAUUCCAAAGUAGGAGAUGAGCCACCAAAGGUUUUCCAGGCCUCAACUCAAACCCGUAGGGCUCCAGGAGGAAUAAAGGAAACUAGGAGAGCAAUGAGAGAUUCUGAUAGUGGACUAGAAAAAAUGGCUGUUGGUCAUCAUCUUCAUGACCGAGCUCAUGUCAUUAAAAAGUCAAAGAACAACAAGACUGGAGAUGAAGAGGUCAAUCAAGAGUUCAUCAAUAUGAAUGAAAGUGACGCUCAUGCUUUUGACAGUGAGUGGCAAAAUGAGAUUUUGAAGUACAAACCAGUGGGACAGUGGCACAAUGUAGAAAACCCUAGGAUGAGAAGUGUUGGUCAUGAGAAUUCAGGCUGCCGAGAACUUAAAAGAAGGGAGAAACCUCAUCAAAAUCCAGCCAUUGAACAUGGAAGAAGAUCAAAUGUUUUUGUGGACAAACUCAACAUCAAAGGAUCACCUGUGAAAAUCAACAAAAAAUAAAUAGCCUUGCAUUUGA